AAAUGUUUUUAGGCGUGGAGGGUUUUACUCUAUCAUGGGCCAGAUGUGUUGCUGCUUCCAGGUGCCCCAGUCGAGGGUAGCGAUCAAGGAGCGAUGGGGCAAAUUCGACGAGGUCCUGGAUCCCGGAUGCCACUGCGUCCCUUGGAUCUUUGGCAGCAACAUCACUGGAUCUCUCAAUCUCAGGAUCCAGCAGCUGGAUGUGCGCUGCGAGACCAAGACCAAGGACAAUGUCUUUGUGACGGUCGUAGCAUCGGUCCAGUAUGCGGUGGUCCAGGCCGACGCCAUGGAUGCUUACUACAAGCUCUCUAAUCCGCGGGAGCAAAUCCAAGCUUAUGUCUUUGAUGUCGUCCGCGCUUGCGUGCCAAAGAUGAUUCUGGACGAUGUUUUUGAGCAGAAGAAUGAAGUUGCCAAAUCUGUCGAGGACGAGCUCGAAAAGGCAAUGGCCGCAUACGGAUAUCGCAUCGUCCAGACCUUGAUUGUCGACGUUGAGCCGGACAAAACUGUUCGAAAUGCCAUGAACGAGAUCAACGCAGCUGCGAGGCUGAGAGUGGCGGCCAACGAGAAGGCCGAGGCCGAGAAGAUCCUCCAGGUGAAGCGGGCCGAGGCGGAGGCCGAGUCCAAGUAUCUGUCCGGCGUGGGAGUGGCGAGGCAGCGCCAGGCGAUUGUGGACGGCCUCCGCGAGAGCGUCUUGGCCUUCUCGCACAACGUUCCAGGGACGAGCGCCAAGGACGUUAUGGACAUGGUGCUCUUGACGCAGUACUUCGACACCAUGAAGGAGAUUGGUGCCACCUCCAAAUCGUCCACCGUCUUCCUGCCGCAUGGACCCGGUGCCGUGCGUGACGUUGCCGAGCAGAUCCGCAACGGGAUGCUGCAGGCCGAGGCCUUCACGCAGUGACCAGUCACAGAUUGCCACAGAUUGCCACAGGUUGCCACCUUUUGUAAAUAAUACAAGCUCUCGAUCAAUACGUUUAUACGAUCUUGACACGAA